UAAGUGACCCAACACAUUGAGGUUAUGUAUUUUAACCUCAAUGAUAUAAUAUUAAGUUCCAAACGUUAAUUUAAGCCUAAAAGUACAAACACAAUGACGUUCAUUGACUAUAUUUCGACGCUGUCGGAAAACCCUUAUUUCGGGGCGGGUUUCGGUCUGUUCGGCGUCGGGGCUGGUGCAGCAAUAUUGCGCAAAGGAUUCCAGACGUCCCUGAUCCUUUUCAGGAGACACUACAUGAUAACACUCGAAGUUCCGUGCAGGGACAAGUCGUACCAAUGGCUGUUGCAGUGGAUGACCACCAAAGGUGCCAGACAAACACAACAUUUAAGUGUUGAGACCAGUUUCGAACAGAAGGACUCCGGUCAUAUUAAAACCAAAUAUGAUUUCAUUCCGAGUAUUGGUACGCAUUUUUUCAAAUAUGGCUCAACUUGGAUAAGGGUUGAAAGGACCCGGGAGCAACACACUUUAGAUUUACACAUGGGAGUGCCAUGGGAAACUGUCCAAUUGACCGCAUUUGGGACCAACAAAAGCAUCUACUUUAACAUUCUAGAAGAAGCCAGACAAAUGGCCCUGAAGCAACAUGAAGGCAAAACGAUAAUGUACAGCGCAAUGGGUAGCGAGUGGCGUCAAUUCGGGCACCCCAGACGAAAAAGGCCCCUCAGUUCCGUAGUUUUGGACGACGGAAUAAGCGACAAAAUACUGACCGACUGCCAGGAAUUCAUUAAUAACCCCAGUUGGUAUUCAGACCGCGGAAUACCUUAUCGCAGAGGGUAUCUUUUGUAUGGACCUCCAGGUUGUGGCAAAUCCUCUUACAUAACCGCCUUGGCGGGAGAAUUGGGCUUUUCGAUAUGCGUUUUGAAUUUAUCUGAAAGGGGAUUAUCUGACGACAGAUUAAAUCAUUUACUAAGCGUCGCCCCCCAACAAAGCAUUAUAUUACUUGAGGAUAUUGAUGCUGCCUUUGUGUCCAGAGAAGACACAGCCCAACAGAGAGCCGCUUAUGAAGGCCUCAAUCGGGUCACAUUCAGUGGCCUCCUGAACUGUCUCGACGGUGUCGCCAGUACGGAAGCCCGAAUUGUUUUCAUGACCACAAAUUAUCUCGAGAGAUUGGAUCCGGCUUUGAUUCGACCCGGACGUGUGGACUUAAAAGAGUACAUCGGUUGGUGCUCACACAGUCAAAUUGAACAGAUGUUCUACAGAUUUUAUCCGGGUGAAAACGCUCCUGAACAAGCCAAAACGUUUGCUGAUAAAGUUACAGGGGAGGGUAAAAAUGUUAGUCCGGCCCAAAUUCAGGGAUUCUUUAUGGUGCACAAACACUCCAAGCCAGAGGAAGUCAUAGAUAAUUAUAAGCUGAUUUGGCAAUUGUAAAUAAAACAUAUUUAUUUUA